AUGGAUCAAACGCAAAGCCAUGUUCUCCUCUCCCCUCCUGCCUCUGCAGCCUCACCUACACCGAGUGCUUCGUCCAUCGGGUUUCGAAAUCUAAGCUUACCUGUGCCACGCUCGCAUCGACUGCGGCCAGGAUCUCAGAAAGAAAUUGCUCUGAUAAACUACCUUGAUGAUCGGAUCCUGAGAAUAACACGCAGAUAUGCGAAGAAGUUCAGUAAUGAGGUGCUCGAUAAUGAUGACAGCCCAGGCUACACCACGUACGACGAGUUUGUCUCUGACGCCGAUCCUCUUGUAGAUGUGGUCUGGAUAAGCGGAACACCCACUAUCCAAAUCCCAUACCUCCUUUCUCUGGCUGGUCUCACCUGUUCUUACCUACAAGCUUUUCCUUUCUCCGUCUCCUUGUUUUAUAUCACCAGCAAAAUCGAUCAGGGCUUUAGCUCGCUCCUCCAUUCUUCCGAGGAGAAUAACGCAACGGCGGCCAGUCACCAUCAUGUUUCAAUGACGGAGAAGGUUCGCAUCAAGUCGCUGAUCGAGGAAACUCGGGUUGCGGCUGUUCACAGCGCCUCAGCUAGCGGCCAUGUUGCUAGCAUUCAAGACAUCUCCGAUGUGGAAACGGAAGACGAGGACGAGGACGACAGUCGGCAACAACAGACCUUGUCAAUCUCUCUCAGGCUUUCCAGGAUAUACAAGCGGACACUAGAGAUCCUGGGUGAUUCCUUGGUCACCAACUCGCUGCCUCAAAAUCAGGACAUUGACACUGAGAUGUCGUGA